UCAACCAAUUCAGCACUGGGGUUUGUCAGCUGAGCUCUUCUCCCACACUCCACCUGCAUCCAUCCGGAUCGGUUAGCCCGUCGUCCCGGCAACCGCGACCGAACUGCCGAGAUGUUCACGUCGAAUCCACCAAAUCCAGCUCGCUCCUGCUACCAGCACGCACCACGGCCGCCUACUACCACCCGGCGUCUGUCUCCGAGUAUUCUUAUCAUGGUUUCUUUCUCUGCGCGCAGCCUCCCUUGCCUUGCACAUCUCGGCAAGCAUCCUCCUGCUGCAAGGAUCGAUCAAUUUUAAAUUUAUCACCCUGAUCGGUGGAAAGGAAGGUCUCUUCAUGCAUGCUACCUGACGCUAGUUUAUGAUGGAGGACGCCAUGAGCCGGAGCAAGUGUGAUCGGCGAAGGUGCCAGCUAUGGCCGUGGCUGGUGGCUUCUUGGGUUCUUGCGGUGAUGGUGGUGGAAGGAGGUGCGGAGGUGACGGAGGCUAAUCUGGAGGAGCGCCGCGACGAGCGGCGCGACCUGUUGGUGCUGCGAGACACGCUGCGGUCGGCGCUGGACCUGCACUCCAACUGGACGGGCCCGCCGUGCCACGGCGGGCGGAGCCGGUGGCACGGCGUGUCGUGCGACGGCGACGGGCGCGUGGUGGGCGUGGCGCUCGACGGCGCGCAGCUGACCGGCACGCUCCCUCGGGGCGCGCUCCGCGGCGUGUCGCGGCUAGCCACGCUGAGCCUGCGCGGGAACGCGCUCCACGGCGCGCUCCCGGGGCUCGACGGGCUGGACCGCCUCCGCGCCGUCGACCUGUCCAGCAACCGGUUCUCGGGCCCCAUCCCGGUCGGGUAUGCCACGUCGCUGCGCUCCCUCGUCCGGCUCGAGCUCCAGGACAACCUGCUCAACGGUACCGUCCCGUCGUUCGAGCAGCGCGGUCUCGUCGUCUUCAACGUGUCCUACAACUUUCUCCAGGGCGAGGUCCCGGGCACCCGCGCGCUGCGGCGGUUCCCCGUGAGCGCAUUCGACCACAACCUCAGGCUCUGCGGCGAGGCCGUCAACGCUGUGUGCCGGGAGGGGCCGCCGUCAGCCGCUGGAAGCAGCAGCGACAAUCCGGCCGUCAGGCCGGCUAACGACAUCGAUCGGGCAGCACGGAAGCCCAUGCGAUUCAGGCUGGCAACGUGGAGCAUCGUCGUGAUCGCUCUCAUCGCCGCAUUGGUGCCAUUCGCGGCUGUGCUCAUCUUCCUGCACCACAAAAAGAAGACCCGGGAGGUCCGUCUCGGCGGCCGCGCCGGUGCCGCAGUGACAGGAGCAGGGGACAUCAAGGACAAGGCGGAGCAAGGCCGGGGGAGCGGCAGCCGGAGCACGGACUCCGGCAAGAGCGUCGAGCUGCAGUUCUUCCGUGCAGACAGGGCCAGCUUCGACCUCGACGAGCUGUUCCGGUCCACGGCGGAGAUGCUCGGCAAGGGCCGGCUGGGGAUCACGUACCGGGUGACACUCGACGCCGGCCCCGUCGUCGUUGUGAAGCGGCUGCGCAACAUGGCGCACGUGCCACGCAGGGACUUCACGCACACCAUGCAGCUCCUGGGCAAGCUCCGGCACGAGAACGUCGUCGACCUCGUCGCGUGCUUCUACUCCAAGGAGGAGAAGCUGGCCGUGUACGAGCACGUCCCCGGGUGCAGCCUCUUCCAGCUGCUGCAUGGGAACAGAGGCGAGGGGAGGACGCCGCUUCCGUGGCCGGCGAGGCUGUCGAUCGCGAAGGGCGUGGCCCGCGGGCUGGCGUACCUGGACCAGUCGCUGCCGUACUUACACCGGCCGCCGCACGGCAACCUCAAGUCGUCCAACGUGCUCAUCCUCUUCGCCGCCAAGAGCAAGCAGCAGCAGCAGGUGGUACCCAAGCUGACGGACCACGGCCUCCACCCGCUGCUCCCGCACCACGCGCACCGGCUGGCCGCGGCAAAGUGCCCGGAGUUCGCGCGCGGCGGCGGCAGGCGGCUGUCGUCCCGCGCCGACGUGUACUGCCUCGGGCUGGUGCUGCUGGAGCUGGUGACGGGGAAGGUGCCCGUGGAGGAGGACGGCGACCUGGCGGAGUGGGCGCGGCUGGCGCUCAGCCACGAGUGGUCCACGGACAUCAUCGACGUGGAGAUCGUCGGCGACCGGGGCCGCCACGGGGACAUGCUGCGGCUCACGGAGGUCGCGCUGCUAUGUGCCGCCGUCGAGCCCGACAGGCGGCCCAAGGUGCAGGACGUCGUCAUGAUGAUCGACGUGAUCGCCGCCGGGGAGGGGCCGGAGCUAGCCGGACAUUGAGCUCUCCAACGGUGCAGCGUCGGAUGAUCGACAUGGUCUUCUUGGUUUCAAACUUGGAUGAUUUGUAUCUUGUAAUCGCUUUUCGCUUUUCUUUCUCUCUCUCUUUCAGAUGUAACAUUGUAAUCGAGCAGGAAGUACGCCAAUGCUCCCUAAUCGAUUGCUUUGGUAGUACAUCAGAGAGAAGGAUGUAAAAUUCAUUUGUUACUGCAGAAAUUUAUAGUUACAGCAAAAAAACUGCAGAAAUUUAUAGCCAGGUGGGUUG